AUGAUGCUGAAAUAUAUUCGUGAAUCGAAAAUGACGAAUGAUAUGGAUCUGAAUAUACUGGUGUUUUUGCAAAUAUUGGAACUGAAAACUAUAGCUAACGAAAUAUCUGAAUAUCAUGAUGAAAUAGCAAAGACUCUUCACCUAAGAUUAAGACGAUUUUACCGAGCAAGAAGAUCAUAUGGAACCUUAUUUCAUUAUUUUUCAAGCAUGUUUAUUCAUUUAUGCCCAUCUUGGACGAGAUUUCAUUUCGGAUGGAAAUGA